UGCGCCUUCCACCCCCACCCCCGCUUCUGAGCCUUUUCCCAAGGAGCAGCAUGGGACGCGCCUGCCUGCAGCCCCCAGAAUGAGAGAGUGGUGGAUUCAAGUGGGCCUCUUGACUGUGCCGCUCAUUGCUGUAUACUUGCAUAUUCCACCCCCGAAGUUAUCACCCGCUCUGCACUCAUGGAGGUCGUCGGGAAGUUACUUCACAUACAAAAAGCAGAACAUCUUUUACAGAGAUUCCUCUGGUGCUGUUGGCAGUUCAGACAUUGUGGUUCUCUUGCAUGGGUUUCCAACCUCCAGUUAUGACUGGUACAAGAUUUGGGAAGGGCUGACCCAGCGAUUUCACCGAGUGAUUGCUUUAGAUUUUGUAGGCUUUGGCUUCAGCGACAAACCUAGGCCCCAUCAGUAUUCCAUCUUUGAGCAAGCCAGCAUUGUGGAAGGGCUGCUCAGCCACUUGGGUCUCCUGAACCAACGGAUCAACCUUCUGUCUCACGACUACGGGGAUACGGUCGCACAGGAGCUGCUCCACAGGUAUGAGCACAACAAAACGGGAUGCGUUCUCAUCAAUAGUCUGUGUCUUUCAAAUGGAGGUAUUUUCCCAGAAACUCACCAUCCCAGGUUCAUCCAGAAGAUUCUCAAAGAUGGUGGCCUGCUGUCACCCAUUAUGACCAGGUUAUUGAACUACUUCUUCUUUGCCAGAGGGCUUGCAGCUGUCUUUGGCCCUUACACUCAGCCCUCGGAGGCUGAGUACUGGGACAUGUGGACAGCAGUCCGGACAAACGAUGGAAACCUGGUGGUUGACAGCAUUUUACAGUACAUCAACCAACGGAAGCAGCACAGAGACCGCUGGGUUGGAGCUCUGACGUCUACUUCUGUUCCCUUGCAUCUGAUUUAUGGGCCGCUGGACCCAGUGAAUCCAUACCCAGAGUUUCUUCUGCUCUACAAGCGAGUGCUUCCCAUGUCAACGGUGGCUGUGCUGGAUGACCACAUCAGUCACUAUCCACAGCUGGAAGACCCCCUGGGCUUCUUGAACGCCUACUUGAACUUCAUCAACUCAUUCUGAGCCACACGCAGGAUGAGGGAAGGGACGGUGCUUCAUCUCCAAGACAUUUUUUUUUUACACUCAAGAGGGCUAGACUGCGGACUUGGAACUCCUGACAAAAUCUGCUCUAUGCAACAAGUCACCAAUGAGUGCAGUCUCUGCCUCCGUGAGCAAACCUAUAGAAGCCUGGCACACUCUUGUAUGCAGAGACCGAGCCAGCAUCCUGGGGGAAAGGGAGGAGGACAAAAGUAAUAAAAUAAUGAAUCGGUUUUCUCUCCUUCCACCCACCGGCAACCCUGCAAUGGUGAUCCCCGAAGCAACCCUCAAAGUGUGGAAGUUUGGGCUUACACAGUUGCACCCACCCCUUGCAGGCUGUUGUUGGUGUGACAGGUUCAUCUACGUCCAGGUAACAGGCGGGUGUGUUUGUGUGUGCAGGGGGAGAAGUGUCACAUGAAAUACUGCAGUAUUGUUCAGGCAGCUACUACGGAAUGUGUUUUAUUAACUGCACCAGUUAAAACAGACGUCAAUGCUGGAAACGGACCCUGUUUAUUUUCUGCUAAUAAAAAUCAAUUCAAGAAAA